GCUGUGGGGGCGGGCGGGGGACGGAGGGAGCCUGCUGUCCGCCGGCGGCCGCUCAGGUGCAGGCACCGUUCGGCAUGUGGGAGAAAAUAACAUCACUGUUCCUGUUUUCUUCUGUGGGCAUCAAGCAUUUAAGUGCCUUGAUUUCUAGGCAUUGGUAACAUGGCAAAAGAUGCUGGACUAAUUGAAGCCAAUGGAGAGCUUAAGGUUUUUAUAGACCAAAACCUUAGUCCUGGAAAAGGGGUUGUUUCAUUAGUGGCUGUUCAUCCUUCUACAGUAAAUACACUUGGAAAACAGCUCCUGCCAAAAACGUUUGGACAGUCUAAUGUCAACAUUGCACAGCAAGUGGUUAUUGGUACACCUCAGAGACCUUCAGCGCCAAAUACUAUCCUGGUAGGAAGUCCACAUACACCCAAUUCACACUUUGUAUCACAGAACCAGACUGCAGACUCUUCGCCUUGGUCUGCUGGGAAGCGCAACAAAAAAGGAGAGAAGAAUGGCAAGGGUUUGCGACACUUCUCUAUGAAGGUUUGUGAGAAGGUACAGAGAAAAGGAACCACCUCAUACAAUGAGGUGGCGGAUGAGUUGGUUGCAGAGUUUAGUACCACGGAUAAUCACAUUUCACCAAAUGAAUCAGCUUAUGACCAGAAGAAUAUUAGACGACGUGUCUAUGAUGCCUUAAAUGUCCUUAUGGCUAUGAACAUUAUCUCUAAGGAGAAGAAGGAAAUCAAAUGGAUUGGUCUACCUACUAACUCGGCUCAGGAAUGUCAGAAUUUAGAGGUAUACAUGUGGGAAAUUCAGUAUUUUGUAAGCCACUAUUACUUUUUGCAGCAAAUUGCCUUCAAGAACCUAGUUCAACGAAAUCGUCAAACAGAACAACAGGCAAACCGACCACCGCCUUCCAAUUCUGUCAUACAUCUGCCAUUUAUCAUUGUGAACACCAGCAAGAAGACCGUGAUCGAUUGUAGUAUUUCAAAUGACAAGUUUGAAUAUCUAUUUAAUUUUGACAAUACUUUUGAAAUUCAUGAUGAUAUAGAAGUACUAAAGCGAAUGGGAAUGGCUUGUGGGCUAGAAUCUGGAAGCUGUUCAGCAGAGGACCUAAAAAUUGCAAGGAGUUUGGUUCCUAAAGCUCUGGAACCAUAUGUGACAGAAAUGGCUCAGGGAUCAAUCAGCAGUGUAUAUGUAACAACAUCAUCAGGUUCCACUUCAGAGGUCACUAGAUUUUCUGCCAGUGACUUCACCAAUGGUGGAGACGGGAUGUUAGCAACAAGUUCCAAUGGAUCGCAGUACAGUGGCUCCAGAGUUGAAACACCAGUCUCUUAUGUUGGAGAUGACGACGACGAGGAUGAUGACUUUAAUGAAAAUGACGAUGAUGACUGAUCCUUUUUGAUUGUAUACUUUUCAGGAAUAAAAUUAUUCUAGGGAGAGAA